AUGGGUUUGUUACGAACAUUAUCGUCGUCGAAUCCUCCCUUUUUUGGUCGAGGCUUGGGUCGACCGCGUCGGCAUCACUCAGCGGGUGCGGAACGACGUCCGUCGGAAAUGAAUAUCAUGGGCAACGAUGGCGUAGUGAGUGCGGAAUACACUUUGAAAACCAUCAAACAGGCGCAAUCCAAUCCACGCUUGACCAAACUGGAAUUGGAAGAUGUCAUUACCCGACAAGACAAGGAUUCCACAUCCAUCUAUGAGGCCAUUCAGACCUUGUUGGAUCAAGAGCGGGAAUGGAUCUAUAUUAAAUUCGUGGAUUCCAUGACGUUGCGAGAGGGAGGAGAUUCCGCUGCCACAUUGUUGGAGCACUAUAAGAAUCAUCGGCUCGGUAUGUGGGAUACCAUUCGACAACACACACACGACAAACCCAUCAUGUUCCAGGUCAAACUCGAAGUGGCGUCCGGGACACCCAUUACACUCGUGUCGGACAUGUUGACGGUACUGCAACAACUCGAUAGUUUGACCAGUAUCGAUUUUGGAGGAGGUUUGUAUGGAGUCCGAAAACCCGAUGUCCCCGAUCAAUUGGCGUUACUCUGUCAUGGCAAUAACAUGUGUUUGCCCGAAAUGAUCAUGUUGUCCCUCUCGUGUACCCCUCCGGACGCCGCGCCCAUUAAUAAUGCCGCCGGUCUGUUGCACGAGUGUGCUCGGAAACUGACACAGCAACGGCGAAGUGAUGACAGUACCAGUGAAGAAGAAGAAGAAGAAGAAGAUGUAUCUCCCAAACGCAUUCGGCGCAAGAGCGCUAAAAAAGGAGACAACACCAAUAAAACAAUGGACGAAUCUUUGACGAUGAUUGACAUUCUCGUCGAUUCUACCAAAAAGCAACGAUUGAACGACGACAGUGACAAGAGUACGAACAAUACAUCCCCUACCCGCCGUCGUCGCCGAUCUCCCAGGGUUCCCCGACGUCAACGCCGCCAUCUCAGCAAUAGUGAACGCGCACCAGAUCCCGCCGAUUACAAUUGGACUCGACGACGGCACAGUCGACGUCACAGUUCGUCCAACAACAGCAAACAACAACAAUUGCACAAUAGCGCUCCAGCACUGCAUUACAAACACUCUAGCAGCAGCACUACGAAAACAGCAACCAAGAUACAACCCGACUUUCGAUGGGACAAGUUGCAUCAAAAUGGUCCGGUCAUGGAUGCCAGUACGCCGCAACAACCACGACGCAGAUCGUCCACCCGAUCGUCCACCCGAAAUUCCUUGCGACGUACGGCCACAUAUUCGUAA